UUUCAUCACUCCUGCUCUCAGUCCACAACCAGAGGCAUCUGGAAUCUGCGGGAAUCGGGACCUUUUAGGCGUGAAAAUGGAUUAUUGACGCCUUUAAUGAUGCAUCCAACGUGGAGCUGCAAGUCUGGUUUCAGCUUUCUUUGAAGAACUUGUGGAAAAGUCUAAUAAUAACAAGGAAGGAGGACAAACUGAAUUUGUUUGAUCAACUCCAAGCAUUUUUUUUUUUUCCUUCUCUCUGGUUAAACUAGAGCUUUUAGUCCAAACGUGGUUUCCCUGCAGGGAUUUAACACGGAGUGAUUUCCGCUCGGUUUGCAGGGAUCGGUUGCAGUUUUCCCCCAGAAAGGUUCGGAGCUGCGCUGCGGGGCGGAGAGGAGCUCAAUGCGGCUGUCUGGAGACUCUGCCCCGGGAAACAUGAACAGCAGCGGGUCUGGCAACUUCCUGCUGGUCCCCAUCCCGGAGUAUCCCCUGCUGGACUGCGUCCCCAACAAGACGGUGAAGAUCGUGGUGCUGGGCGCCAGGAACGUCGGGAAAACCGCUUUGAUUGUCAGGUUUCUGACCAAGAGGUUCAUUGGAGAUUAUGAAGCAAACACAGGAGCGCUCUACUCUAGAAAGGUCACCAUGGAUGGGGAGGAAGUGUCGCUCCAGAUUCAGGACACACCCUGUGUCGCCCUCCAGGAUGACGCUGAAGGCCUGUACUGCCAGGAGCAGAUCAACAGGUCCAUCUAUUGGGCAGACGGGUAUGUGCUGGUUUUCUCCAUUACAGACAACAGUAGCUAUCGAACCAUCCAGCCUCUCUACCAGCACAUCAGACGUAUACAUCCGUCUGGAAACAUCCCGGUUAUUCUGGUUGGCAACAAGAAUGACCUGCUCCGAGCCCGACAAGUGCCUGCAGAAGAAGGCAACACGUUAGCCACUUCCCUAGGAGGCGUUUACUUCGAGGCCUCGGCCAGAGAGAACCACGAGGGAGUCCAUGCCGCCUUCCUCCAUCUCUGUCAGGAGGUGAUCCGAGCGCUGGGAGGAGGGAAUGGGGAGAAGAGGAGAGGAGGCCUUCAUCUAGCCAGGCCCAAGUCUCCCAACAUGCAGGAGCUGAAGAGAAGGUUCAGACAGGUCCUCUCCUCCAAAGUAAAGUCAGCUACAACUAUAUGAUCCUGAAGCACACAGAGGCAAUAUCAAAGCCUUCUGUCCAAAUUAAAAGAUGGAAGAAAAAUCACAAGAGGAGAUAAUGAAGAGCCAUGACCUCCAGGUUUCAUGUCUGAAGCGUUACAUGAAAACUACCGAGAUGCUCUAAGGGGAUCAAAGCCUUUCAAAGAGCACAAUAUGUCUCUCUUCUGAUGAACAGAUAAAGGCAGAGACUGACUUUGACUUAGCUUCCUGGCUCUCCAGCUCCUCUGAAGGAGAAUCCUGGUCAGAAGCACUUCCUUCCUGGGAUCAACAAAGACACAUCUCAAGGACAAUUGAUUAGACGGUUCUUUUCCUGUUUUCAUGAGAGUGGAAAUGACAAGUCUUUAACCCAAAGUAAUUAAAACUCUUAAGAAUUUAAA